AUGGCUAUCCCGAUAACCAUAGUGACCGGGUUCCUCGGCUCCGGUAAAACGACCCUGAUCCUCAACCUCGUCCCGCAACUCCGCGCCAAGAACCCUAAUUAUCGCCUGGCCCUGCUCAAGAACGAGUUCGGCGAUCUGGCAGUCGACUCGCAGCUGGCGUCUAGCUCGGCCGUCUCGGGCGUCCAGGAGAUGCUCAACGGCUGUAUUUGCUGUAACCUGGUCGGAUCUCUGGCCCCCGCGCUGGCCGAGUUGGACGAGACCGUCAAGCCCGAUCGCAUCAUGGUCGAGACGAGCGGCUCUGCCUUCCCCGCCACCCUGGCGCUCGAGAUCAACCGCCUCGCGAGAGAGACGGGACGGUACGUGCUGGAUGGCGUCGUCAGCGUCAUCGACGUUGAGAACUGGAAGGGCUACGAGGAUACGAGCUACACGGCGCGCAUCCAGGCACGGUACACCGACCUCAUCAUCUUCAAUAAGUGGGAGAACGCCGGGGAGGACCGCUACGACGAGUGCCUCGACCGCGUGGCCGACCUAGAGGUCGAUGUUGCCAAGGUCAAAUCGGACAAGGGCAAGGUCUCCGUCGAUCUCGUCUUUGGUAUCGACGGUGGCCUGGCAAAGGCUCUCACCGAGGACGAGGUGAGCGGCAAGCAUGGUCACGGCCACGGCCCCGACCACGACCACAAACAUGACCACCAGAGCGAAGUCGAGGUUCUGUCUGUCGAGCUCAAGGGAGGUGCCGCCGUCAACGCUGAAAAGCUGGCUGUCCUACUCAAGUCCGCCCCCAAAGACGAGAUCUACCGUAUCAAGUCGGUUCUCACCCUGUCCAGCACCCCGACCAACUCCGACCCCGAAAUGCCCAGGCCGGAACCCGUACCCGGGAACCGCUACAUCCUCAACUGGGCUUUUGGUCGCUGGACAUUCACACCCAUCACCGCCGACACCGCCGAGCACGAAUCGAGCAACGACGCCACCCUGCGCAUGACCAUCAUCGCCGCCCGCUAUGAGAGCAACAGCUGGAAGAAGAAGCUUGAGGCUGGCGGCAUGAUUGAGCUUGAUGGCGGCGACGCUGGCCAGCUCAUUGUCAAGAGAAUAGAUGUAUAA